AUCUCCCCAUUGAUGGUAUAAAAAAAACUUACUCCGGCUUCUCGUUAAUUUCGCUCGAGCUCCCUAGUAGUGUUAACAUUGUAAAAAAAAUAUUAAAACAAAAUGCGUGAAAUUGUCCAUCUCCAAGCCGGUCAGUGUGGUAAUCAAAUCGGUGCCAAGUUCUGGGAAGUCAUCUCAGAUGAACAUGGCAUUGAUCCAACUGGCACAUACCAUGGUGACUCUGACCUUCAAUUAGAACGUAUCAAUGUAUACUACAAUGAAGCAUCAGGUGGCAAAUAUGUCCCACGUGCCGUAUUGGUUGAUUUGGAACCCGGUACAAUGGACAGUGUCAGAUCUGGGCCUUUUGGUCAGAUUUUCAGACCAGAUAACUUUGUAUUUGGACAGUCAGGUGCUGGCAACAACUGGGCUAAAGGUCACUACACAGAGGGAGCUGAGCUCGUAGAUUCAGUUAUGGAUGUAGUAAGGAAAGAGGCUGAAAACUGCGACUGCUUACAGGGCUUCCAACUCACACAUUCACUUGGUGGCGGCACUGGAUCUGGUAUGGGCACAUUGUUGAUCAGUAAAAUGAGAGAGGAAUACCCAGACAGAAUCAUGAACACAUUUUCAGUUGUCCCAUCACCAAAGGUAUCAGACACUGUAGUAGAACCAUACAACGCAACACUUUCAGUCCAUCAGUUAGUAGAAAACACAGAUGAAACAUAUUGCAUUGACAAUGAAGCCUUGUAUGACAUUUGCUUUAGGACCCUUAAACUGACCACACCAACCUAUGGUGACUUGAACCAUCUAGUCAGCGCCACCAUGUCCGGUGUGACCACAUGCCUCAGGUUCCCUGGCCAGUUGAACGCAGACUUGAGAAAACUGGCCGUCAACAUGGUCCCCUUCCCCCGUCUCCACUUCUUCAUGCCAGGGUUCGCUCCCCUAACAUCCAGGGGCUCACAGCAGUACCGCGCCCUCACUGUCCCAGAGUUGACACAGCAGAUGUUUGAUGCCAAGAACAUGAUGGCUGCCUGCGACCCACGUCACGGCCGCUACCUCACAGUUGCAGCCAUCUUCAGAGGCCGCAUGUCCAUGAAGGAAGUUGACGAACAGAUGCUCAAUGUCCAGAACAAGAACUCCUCCUACUUUGUCGAAUGGAUCCCCAACAAUGUUAAGACAGCUGUCUGCGACAUUCCACCACGUGGUCUCAAGAUGUCUGCCACUUUCAUCGGCAACAGCACAGCCAUCCAGGAGCUCUUCAAACGCAUCUCCGAGCAGUUCACCGCUAUGUUCCGUCGUAAGGCUUUCCUCCAUUGGUACACUGGUGAGGGCAUGGACGAGAUGGAGUUCACCGAAGCUGAGUCCAACAUGAAUGACCUCGUCUCAGAGUACCAACAAUACCAGGAUGCUACAGCUGAGGAUGAAGGCGAGUUUGAUGAAGAGGAGGCUGAAGGUGAAGGGCAGGAAUUUGCUUAAAUGGGUCAGUUGCAAUCUACCGAACAUCAUUUUAGGACACUUGUCUUGGAACUUUGAGUGUCCAGCCAAUUAGCGACUUAAGUUAAAUACAACUAACAAUUUUUUUCACUUUUGUCACUGUGACCAAUCAUUAAAGAAUGGUCAUCAAUAAAAAAAAA